AACCCAUGGUCGUUUGAGAGCUCGCUUUGCGUUUGCGUAGCCCUGCAACAACGCAAACGCAUCUAGUUUCUUCUUCACAUUCACAUCAAUAAGCUCGUGUUUUAUUUUUCCAAGAAUUUUCUUUUGUGUUGAAUUGAAACGUGUGUUCAGUCAGUGUUAUUAUGAUUUUGGUUUAAAGCUUGCGACGUAGAAAAUUUAGUUUUGCGUCGCCGGUGUUAUACAAGCAAGAAAAUGAAUGACAAUGGAUGCAUUCACUUGAAUAAUUUUAAGGCAGCCAAAGGAUCUAAUCCUUACAAAAUAGUGCAUGCAUUCUUCGUGUCUUGCACCUCAUUAGAAGCUAGAAGAUACAAGGCCACAUCAUGUCUGUGUUUUACAUGUGGCCAGCCCGGGCCCCGCAUGCACUCUUGCCUUCAUUGCAUAUUCUUUGCCUGCUAUGCGGGCCACAUCCAGGACCACUCAAAAACCAAAAAGCAUUUUCUCUAUGUUGAUUUGAGCUAUGGAAAUAUAUUCUGUGCUCAAUGCCAGGACUACAUUUACGACAGAGAAUUGGCUGAAAUUGCUUUGAACCAUCGGCUAAAAGAAGCAAAGUCCCUAGGCAUCGGCGCGCCGUUCAUGCCAUGGCUGCCGAACGCCAACGAGGCGACGGCGCUGCGGCGCCUCCGCAAGCGGCGCCUCAUCAGCCCCUCCACCACCAUCGGGCUGCGGGGGCUGCAGAACCUGGGCUCCACCUGCUUCAUGAACUGCAUUGUACAAGCCCUGAUCCACACGCCUCUCCUCCGAGACUACUUCCUCGGUGAGAAGCACAAGUGCAAGUCCCAGGGCUCCGGCAAGUGCUUGGUGUGCGAGGUCUCCAAACUGUUCCAGGAGUUCUACUCCGGCGCGAAGACCCCGCUGACCCUGCACCGGCUGCUGCACCUGAUCUGGACGCACGCGCGCCACCUGGCGGGCUACGAGCAGCAGGACGCGCACGAGUUCUUCAUCGCCACCCUGGACGUGCUGCACAGACAUUGCAUGAACGGCGUCGAAGAGCACACCGAAAAGGAGAACGGGCGGUGCAACUGCAUCAUCGACCAGAUCUUCACGGGCGGCCUGCAGAGCGACGUGGUGUGCACCGCCUGCUCCGGGGUCUCCACCACCAUCGACCCCUUCUGGGACAUCAGCCUCGACGUAGCAGGCCCCGGGUCCCUCCAAGCCUGUCUAGAAAGAUUCACCAGAGCGGAACACCUCGGCUCCGGAGCUAAGAUCAAAUGCUCAAACUGCCGAGCGUACCGUGAAUCAACGAAACAGCUGACGCUCGAAACGCUGCCUAUAGUAGCGAGCUUCCAUUUGAAACGCUUCGAGCACUCAUCGCAGAUCGACAGAAAGAUCUCCACGUUUGUGUCCUUCCCGGCUGAAUUGGAUAUGACUCCGUUCAUGUCGUCACACCGCCGGUCUGUUGACAGCGGGGCGGUUGAUAACAACAACGCUCCUGAAGGCGUGUUCGAGGAUAACCGGUACUCGCUUUUCGCGGUGGUGAACCACCUGGGCUCGUUGGACGCGGGCCACUACACGGCGUACGUGCGGCAGAUGAAGGGCAGCUGGUUCAAGUGCGACGACCACAUGAUCACCAGGGCCUCGCUCAGGGAGGUUUUAGAUAGCGAAGGAUAUCUGCUCUUCUACCACAAGACUGUUCUGGAGUAUGAAUGUGAGAACUUAUAAGUUAACGUACCUAUAUUAAAUACUAUGGUGUGACCUACGGCCUUUGCCAAAAGUAUUGAGUACCCAUUAUUCCUAUA